AGGUGGAAAAAUAUUGGGCUUCCUCAUCCAGCACUGUUGCUCCUUUCUCGUUAACGAAAGCAAAACUAAUGCCUAGUUGGUCAUGAUAGAAAUCUUAAUUUAGAGGGCGCUAAGGCGGUUAAUUUACAUGUUUACAGCUUUACCUACUUGUUAGUACUGUCACAAACUGACGAGCUAUACGUUAGUAAGCUAACCUAGCUAGCUAAGUUAACGCUAGCUGAGCUCAGUUUCUAAUGGCUGACGAUAAAUCUGCUUAUAUACAGCAAUGCAGUAGCUGAAUAGCUUUAAGUAACCAACCGACGCUGCUGUUCAUUUAACUCAUUCCUUCUCGAGGUGAAAGACUCGGCUGUUGUUGUUCGAUUGACCAUAAAAACAAGGUCAUGGCUGAGGAAAGCACCCAGCUUUGCACCAACUGUAAGCAUGACAUCCCAGAGGCCAACUUCACCACUCAUGAGAUCCACUGCCGGCGGAAUAUUGCCUUGUGUGAUGUGUGCCAAGAGCCAGUCCCUCGAGCUGAACUGCCGCAGCAUAAGGAGCAGGAGCAUUCACAGGUGCAGUGCAAAUGUGGCCUGAAGAUUGAAAAAAGUCUCAUGGAGACCCAUCAGACCUCCGAGUGCAGCCAACGGCUGGUUCCUUGUCAGUACUGCGAGCUGGAGGUGGUCUUCUGCCAGGCCAGAGAGCAUGAGGAGUACUGCGGGACCCGCACAGAGCCCUGUUCUGUCUGCAAAUGCAACGUUAUGCUGAGAGAGAAAGACAUCCACCCAGCUUUGUGUGGGAGUCUGACCCCUCCGCAGGAGAGACGGCCAGGGUCUCAGUCACCUGGAGCUUGGUUUGAGACCCAGCCCAUUCACAAUCUCCUGAGGGCCCAGGAGAGGAGCCAUAACAACAACAGCCCUGGGUCAGCAGACCGGAGGGGCCCUCCACGGCCACUAGAGGCCAGACUGCAUAAUAGCACCAGAGCACCAAUAGGAUCUGGAACCAGGAGGAACAUGGCCCCGAGGAACAAUGAAUUUGCUCAAUUGCUGGAUCAGGAAGCAGAGCUGGAGACCAACAACAACAGCCUGCUGUGGCCUCUAGGCCAGCUGCCAGACUACGACUCCUCUGGUCUGGACUACCUACUGGCCCUCAGCCUGCAGAGUGAUGACGACCUGGGGACUCAGCAGGGCAUAUGGACUGAUGUCUGGGAUCACCGCCUAGGGAGGGAAUCUGCUCGAAGCACCCUCAACUCCCAGCUGUCCUCCACCACUAAUAACAAUACUUACUGCAACAAUGCUCCCACUAACACUAACACGGCUCCGGCUCACAGCCCUGCCUCAGAGAUCAUGCUGCCCUGUGAGUUCUGUGAAGAGCUCUUUCCAGAAGAGGACCUCAUUUUACACCAGACCGGAUGCAGUCCAGCCUCUGCCAUCGCUUCCUUCAGCAAGCAGGAUUCGUCUCUACAGUAUGAAGACACCUUCAGCCAUGGGGCCAGUCAUGUGAUCCUUCCCCACACUCCCAGCCCUCCAAACCUUCCUCACUCUGUCUCCCCACUGUCCUACAGCCCCCCAUCCAGUCCACUAGAGGGCGAUGUGGUCAUUCCCUGUGAAUUCUGUGGUGUGGCUCUGGAGGAGAAUGUUGUAUUUCAUCACCAGGAUAAGUGUGACCUACGUCCUACGACAGCUUACCAAACAGAUGGAGUGUCUCCACGGAAACCCCUCCACCUUCCCAAAGAGAGGUGUGGGAGGAGCUCUCCUGAGAUGCAGAGGAGAGUGAGACACCAGGCAGACCCUGGUGAAGAGUACCUGGGGCCAGCUCUUCAGGGUUGGCAGAGCUGUAGUUCAGGUAUAGACCCAUGGAAGCCCUCUCCUUUCAUGAGUCUUGCUUCUUCUGGGAAAAACACCAAUGUGGAGCUGCAAGGGAGAAGCAGGAAUCAGCGAGGGAGAGCCGCUGAGAACUACACCCUCAACCCAGAUCCUUUGAGUGAUGGUGACAAAGCUAGCCUUGCAGGGGCUUUAGGGCCUCCUUGCAGAGAACGAGUGGAGAGUCGACGCAAUCAAAAAAAUACCGGGACAUCAAAGGUGCCCAAGAAGCAGAAUACUGAGAAAGAGGAGGAGUAGAAGUAAAUCUGUUUUAAUAUUUUCAGAUGCAAUGUGGCUUAGUAAUACAUUUACUGUAAAUUGUUUGUGUUUGUGUGUACCAUGUGUGGAGAAAGUGUGUUUGUGUUUAAAAAAUGUAUUAUAUUCUGUUGGUUUCUUAACUACUUUGCCUUUGUUGCACUACUUUUAAAAUCUGUGUCAUGUCUGUGUUCCAGUUUUUUUAAAAUACUUUAAUCUACUUUAAUAUUUUAAAAUUAAUCAAGACCGGACAGAUGCUAUAGCUUUUUAUAUUUUCCUAAUACAUGUAAGUAUAAAAACAUGUCAGUAUAUGGUAAUAUGUUCCAUUCUUGUUUUUGCCUAAUGUAUACCAUAUACAAAAAAUAUCUCAGAAUAUCAGUCCAAGCUGAGGCUUUCAAUUUGUGUAAUCUUUUGACCAGCUUAUUAAAAGCCUCUAUCCCA